AAUAGAACACGCCUUCCUGUAAAAACAAACAUUGAUCAACAAGUCAUCACCUCCGAGUUCCCAAGUACAAAAACACUUUCGUUUUAGCUCAAAUUCACAUGAAUUUUGAUUUCAUGUUUAUCCUUAGUUCUAUCCUUUAAAUCAAUUUGAUAAAACUGCUGUCGUGUGAGUAAGUGAAAUCGUAGGAAAAGAAAUGGUUGGUUACAAUUUACUGCGUCUUAAAUCCAUUGAAACCAGUUUGAAGGCCAUCGUUCAGACAAUUCGUUUCACGAACGGUUCUGUUGAGCGGAUUCGUAAUGUGAGUCGAGUGCAAUGUCGGACGAUUUCCGGCGUCUCUUCAACCUCGACGUCGGUCGAUAAAAACAUCGUGUAUUCUCGUCACCAGGAUUUCGAUUUCCGUAGUCAAACAGUAAUCCAGCGCAUCUUCGAAAAGGCUUCUUUAUGGCCGAAUCUUACGGCUAUGGAAUGCGGAUUGACUGGCCGCAAAUAUACUUACGGCCAAUUAAUUCAAUUGAUUCGUCGUUUCGGCAGUUCACUGACUCGGAUGGGAUUUAAGAAAGGUGAAGUGUUUGGAAUUAUUCUUCCGAAUCUUCCGGAAUUUCCUAUUGUUUUACUUGGAGCGGCCGGUAUCGGAAUGCCAGUGACUACCGUGAAUCCUACCUACACUGUUGAAGAAAUUGCGCGCCAACUUCAACUAUCUGGUGCCACUGCCGUCGUGACUACUCCGCAAUUGGCGGAAACCCUUCGCCAAGUAGCUAAACUGUGUCCGGAAAUUCGUCGUCUCAUCGUUAUUGGAAAUCCGGAAGAAGGAUUCGCUUCCAUUGAAGACAUGUUUCAAGAUUCCGGCGAUCUUUUUGACGAAAAUAUUGACAUUAUUCCAUCCGAAGACAUAUUUGUACUUCCAUUUUCAAGCGGGACCACUGGUCCUCCUAAGGGUGUCAUGCUUACCCAUUCUAACUUGUGUUCUAACAUGGCUCAAGUUGGGCAUCCAGGAACAAUGAAGGUUGCCUACUGUCCAGCGACAUCCAGUGAUUCAUCAGACUUGCAAGAAGUCCUGAUUUGCGUACUCCCGUUUUUCCACAUGUAUGGGAUGCUUCUCGUUAUGUUGUCUGGGUUAGAUCACGGAGCCAAGCUGGUAACUUUACCUCGUUUCGAAAGCGCAUCUUACCUGAAUUCUGUACACCAACAUAGGCCAUCGGCGCUACACCUGGCACCUCCACUAGUUUCGUUACUCGGACUUCGUCCUGAUUUAAAACUGGAAGCCUUUCACCGAUUGCAUACGGUCAUUGUUGGUGCCGCUCCAUUGGGACCAGCGGCAGCCACUAGGUUCAUCGAACGUUUAAGGAAACCUGAUUUAUUCAUGCAAGAAGGCUACGGAAUGACUGAAACAUCUUGUGUUUGCCAUGUUAGCCCGAUAGUUAACAGCCAAAUCGGUUCAUUUGGAGAACCGCUGUCUCGGACUCAAGUCAAAGUUGUUGAUCUUGUUACCGGUCUAUCCCUUGGACCUGGUCAACAUGGAGAGGUAUGCAUAAAGGGCCCGCAACUCAUGAAAGGUUACUACAAGAAUGAAAAAGCCACAAAAGAAACUAUCGACAGCGAUGGAUGGCUUCACACUGGAGACAUGGCUUAUUACAACGAACAAAACCAGUUCUUCAUUGUUGAUCGAUUGAAAGAGCUCAUCAAAGUGAAGGGAUUUCAGGUAGCCCCAUCGGAAUUGGAAGAUAUUUUACGACGCAUUCCUGGUAUUUUAGAUGUUGCAGUUAUCGGUGUCCCCGAUGAUAUUGCUGGCGAACUUCCUCGAGCUUAUGUUGUUAAAAAGGAAAGUAUCUUGUUAACUGAGAAAGAUAUCAUUGAAUUUGUCGAUGCAAAAGUGUCCCAUCAUAAAAGGUUGAAGGGCGGAGUUGUCUUUCUUGAUGUGAUUCCCAAAACUGCCACAGGUAAAAUACUUCGACGUGAAUUAAAGAGCUUGUUAUAAUUAUAAACUUAAAAUCUAUGUGGGCUAAAUGUCAGACCAUUUUAAACGUUAAAAAUUAUUGUAGAAAAAUAUUUUAUAAUGAAAUAGCAAUUUAUUUUUGGCAAAAUUAUUUUUGUAUACGUGCUGAAUAGUUCUCGGACGUUAAGAAUAUUAUCUUUUGUAUGCAAUAAACUUAAACGAAUCCUAUUUCAAACAAGUAGCGGUAUCCGGCUGAACGCAGUAACUAUUUCCAAAUUCCAACACUAGGUUCUCUGGGAUACGUUAGUUGUUAGACCGUAUCUGUCCUGCAAUCUGUUAUCUUUCUUCGUCCGCAAUACUCAAGUUGUUUGAAUUUGAAAGAUGAAGGGGAAAUUAACCCGAAUUUAUCCUAAUCCUGAUUAAUUUUCAAUAACAUAGACAAUCUAAACAUCAAAA